GCUGCCGGGGCCCAAGCAGCCAAGCUGCCCCGCCAUGGUGAACCCCGACAGGUGGAUGCCAGAAAUAAGAAUGUCUAAGCCACUGGAGCUGGAGAAGGCACGAGUGGAGCCACAUGGGGAGCACACAGACACAGAACGAAACGGUCCCGACACGAACCACCAGACCCAGCAGAGCAAACCAGCCCCGUUCUCCCCGCCCCCCACCGGCCCCAGCCCCAAGAUCAAGGCGGAGGACCCCCCGGCCCUGCCUCCAGCUCCAGCACCGGCCCCCCCGGCCCAGCAGCCGCACCUGCCCCAGGCCCAGCUCAUGUUAGCCGGCAGCCAGCUGGCCGGGCUGACGGCCCUGAUGCCUGCCCAGCAGCAGCUCCUCCUGCAGCAGGCGCAGGCGCAGCUCCUGGCGGCGGCCGUGCAGCAAUCCAACGCGGCCGCUGCAGCCAACGCCGGCAGCCAGCCGCCGGGGGGCGAGGCGCCCCAGAGCCAGCCGCAAACGCCCCAGCUGGCUCUGUCGCAGCCCAUCCAGCUCACCGCGCAGGACAUCCAGCAGCUCCUUCAGCUCCAGCAGCUGGUGCUUGUCCCCGGGCACCACCUCCAGCCGCCCGCCCAGUUCCUGCUGCCGCAGGCCCAGCAAGGACAGCAAGGGCUGCUCCCGACACCAAAUCUCUUUCAGCUACCUCAGCAAAGCCCGGGGGGGCUCCUGCCGGCCCCCCCCCGCGCCGGGCUGCCGGCUCAGCCCCCGAAAUGCCUGGAGCCGCCGGCGCACCCCGAGGAGCCCAGCGACCUGGAGGAACUGGAGCAGUUCGCCCGCACCUUCAAACAGCGACGCAUCAAGCUGGGCUUCACGCAGGGCGAUGUAGGGCUGGCCAUGGGGAAACUCUAUGGCAACGACUUCAGCCAGACGACCAUCUCCCGCUUCGAGGCCCUGAACCUCAGCUUCAAGAACAUGUGCAAGCUCAAGCCGCUGCUGGAGAAGUGGCUGAAUGACGCCGAGACCAUGUCGGUGGACUCGACCCUCCCCAGCCCGAACCAGCUGAGCAGCCCCAGCCUGGGCUUUGACGGGCUGCCAGGCCGGCGCCGCAAGAAACGGACCAGCAUUGAGACCAACGUGCGCUUCGCCCUGGAGAAGAGCUUUCUCGCGAACCAGAAGCCUACCUCAGAGGAGAUCCUGCUGAUCGCAGAGCAGCUGAACAUGGAGAAGGAGGUGAUCCGGGUCUGGUUCUGCAACCGCCGCCAGAAGGAGAAACGCAUCAACCCCUGCAGCAGCACCCCCAUGCUGCCCACCCAGGGCAAGCCCCCUGGGUACGGCCCGCACAUGGUGACGAGUCCAGGCCCCGGCGUGAGUCUCCCGCUCUCCCAGGCUUCCAGCAGUCUGAGCACAACAGUGACUACCUUAUCCUCAGCGGUCGGCUCCCUGACCCCCAGCCGGACGGGAGCGGGCGGGGGGCCCCCCACCAUCAAUUCCGCCACGCCGCCCCCCCCCAACAGCGCCAACCCCAGCCCCCAGAGCAGCAGCCACUCGGCCAUCGGCCUGUCGGGCCUGAAUCCCAGCACGGGAAGCACAGUGCUAGGGGUGAACGCGGGGUUAAACCCGGCACUAAUGGCCACCAACCCGCUGGCCACCAUCCAAGCGUUGGCCAGUGGUGGAACCCUGCCCAUUACCAGUCUUGACGCCAGCGGUAACUUGGUCCUGGGCACCACGGCCAGCACCCCGGGGAGCCAGAGCCUUGUCACCUCGCCGCUCUUCCUGAACCACGCCGGGCUGCCCCUGCUGAGCGCCACCCCAGGGGGGGUGGGGCUGGUCUCGGCCGCCGUGGCCGCCUCCCUGUCCAGCAAGUCCCCCAGCCUCACCUCCGCCUCCUCCUCCUCCUCCUCCUCCACCUGCUCCUCUUGCAGCUCCUCCAGCGAGGCGGCCGGGCCGCCCCCGGGCCACGCCGGGCCGGCAGCCUCCGAGCCGGACGGCAAGACGGCGUGAGGGGGGGCAGGGCGCUGCCCGCCGGUGCCGCGCAAGGAGGGGAGGCGGCAAGAGCCGAGUGAAAGCAAAACUGUCAGCAGCAGCCAAAUGAAGAAAUCAACCAAAAAUAACCCAGAGCAGCCGAACCAAGGGACGAGAUGGAGAAACCCAAACCGAAUUCCCCCGGCACUGGCGCUUCGGGGCCGUGCUUGGAAUGUCUUAUUCCCUCCGACACGCCCAAGAACCAGGCCCAGCCGCAGUCUGGCGUGGGAUCUGCCGCCUUCGCCAGAGCCCCAGCUCCCGGGGGCACGACGCUGGAGCAGCACUGGCGCGUUCCUCGAGGAAAACCCAAUCCCCAGCUCUGCUGGGCCUGGAGAAAAUCGUGCGGUCGUGCCCCCGAAGGUGGCGAAAGCAGAAGGCAAAGAACCCAGAUUGGAUUGCGGUGUUUCGUUUCGUUUCGUUUCGUUUGAAAGCUCGUGAUUCUCAAUGGCGAUCUCGCCUUUGAUUUCCUGUGUGUUGAAAGCGGGGGGCUGGCCAGACGGGCGGCUUGAGUCGCUCUUCGGCCAGCGGAUCUGGUUUUUGGAAUUCCUUUUAUUUGAUUUUUCUCGGAGUGUUUCUUGGACAUUUUUUGGGGGAAACAUAAGAAAAAAUAGGUGGGUUUUUUUGAUUGCACAGGAAGAAGAAAUAGGGGAAAUAAUAUGAAAAAAAAAUCUCACACCAAAAAACCCCAACCCAUGACCAGUCCUAGCUUCGCCCAAAGGCUUUUUACAAACUUUUCUAACCUCUGUGUCCGGUCGAAUGUCUUU